AUGAGCACUACACUCUCGUCAGACGACGAUUAUGCUGGCUUGCUGGAUCGCUACGAUGUAUUUAUGUUCGACUGCGACGGAGUCCUCUGGCAAGGCGACGAACUGAUCGAUGGCGCCGUCGAGGUCCUGGCCAUGUUGCGUCGAAGAAAGAAGCAGAUUGUCUUUGUGACAAACAACGCCACGAAGUCACGGAAAACUUACAAGAAGAAGUUUGACCAUCUGGGUGUAGAAGCUCAUGUGGACGAAAUUUAUGGAUCGGCCUUCGCAUCUGCUGUCUACAUCUCGUCCGUCAUAAAGCUUCCCAAGGACAAGAAGGUCUUCGUCAUUGGCAUGGAGGGAAUGGAGGAAGAACUCCGCGACGAAGGUAUCUCUUACAUUGGUGGAACAGAUCCUGAGGACUGCACCUUCGAACCACUUUCUCUCACGGAGUUCAAACCCGAUCCCGCCGUCGGCGCGGUCAUUUGCGGACUCGACACCCAUAUGACUUACAGGAAGCUUUCAAAAGCCUUCCAGUAUCUUACCCGCAACCCGGGAUGCCACUUCUUGGCAUCGAACGAGGACAGCACGUACCCUGUAGCCGGAGGACGUUUGCUCGGGGCUGGUGCCAUCAGUGCACCAUUAAGGUUCGCCUUGGGAAAGGAUCCAAUUUCGAUCGGCAAGCCUGCAACCACAAUGCUGGAUUGCAUCAAAGCCAAGAUUGACUUCGACCCCAAGCGCACGAUAAUGAUCGGCGAUCGUUUGAACACGGACAUCCUUUUCGGCCAAAACGGGGGGCUUGCAACACUUCUCGUCUUGACGGGCAUCACGUCUGAAGCGGACAUUAGUGGACCGAAUGCAUCGCCAAUAGUCCCAGACUUUGUCACACGCUCGAUAGGCGACCUGCGAGUCCUAGAAACGUUGAAUUGA